AGAUUGAACUGGGCUCUUUAGAGUGACGUCUUUCCAGCGGCAAGUGCAAUCGGCUGGAUUCCUGUGCAGUUCUGGAGGAAGGCCCUUCCUCCACCGACGAGGCCCAAGAGCAGAGACAGGGCCUUGUGGUUCUGAGCGCACGGAAAGGGGGUCACCCGGUCACCCAGAUGAGGUUCCUUGCCCGUCGCCUCCUGGGACCGCCAAUGGGGCAUCGUCGCCGAGUUUAAUCGGCCAAUGGAAGUGCGCCUUUCCACCCAAGAGACAGAGGAUCGCGUAUGUGCGUCGCGUGCCGGGCAUCUGGCCAGAUUUAAGCUUGUUCCUUGCCCGGCUGGAUCUCCGCCGUCCGGGGCCAUCAUCCACUUUUCGUUUUGACACUCGGCGAUUCUAACGUAGUUCUGCCGAAAAACCGUGUGCGCGUGCGCGUUAUAGGGCCUCUUCGUCCUUUUCUUAUCUUCCUCUUUUUUCUUUUUUCUUUUUUCUUCUUUCUUUUUCCCUUAUCCUUCUUCUCCUCUCUUUCCUUUCCUUCCGUUCCUCGCUAUCCUUUAAUUCUUCCCCAACUUCCUGCUUCCAGUCUUCUCGCCCACCAGCUCACCUACUUAGUUCCUUCCUCCUGUCUCCUUUCAUUCAGGGCCAGUCUAAUUUCCCGGAACGACGCAUCGCGAACGACUAAUUGGAUACAUAUACGUCUUAUCAUGUGGGCUAUCAAGGCGCUCGUCGUCCUCUGCGCCAUCCUCGUCACUGUUUCAUCGGAGGGAUUGCUGGAGACUUUACUCUCCUGGGAAUUGCCCGUGGCCGAGGGCAGAUCCAGCAGUAAACCCCAGUCGAAGUGUCUCUGCCAACCCUCAGGAUGUCUUUGCUGCGUCGACCUGAAUCUAACGACGACCAUCGACCUGGGCGGACCGGCCUGCUUGAAUAUCAAGUAUAAGGAGGAGAACGUGUCCUUAAAUUUAAGCUAUGGUGACAACGAGGUCCACAACGCCACGAUAAAACUAGUAAACGCAGCCAACAAACCCACCUGCAUGAAUCUUCUUGCCGAUCUGGCGCAAAUAUGCGCACGAUUCACUUCCGUUGAACAGGCCGCUUCCGGAAACGACGGUUGCCUCGUCAUUGAACCUGCACUCUUGGGAGCAGCUCAGGCUACUUAUCCUAUUGGCUGCUUCAAGUUCCAUCAGGCUGCGGUCCAACAGAUAGAGUCAGCUGUGAUUCAGGAAGCUGCAGAUGCGACUGCAGCGCCUGACGAGGAGGAGGAAGUCCUGAACACGGAUGAACUCAUAGCCGCCGUCUCAGCAAGCGCUGAACAGGGAAUAGCCAUGUUUUCACAGUGGUUGGGUCUGAAUCUGAAUCCCAAACUAAAUCUGACUGGUGAGAAUUCAGGGCAGGAGAGUCAUUCGGCAAGUCGAGCAGCCGAGAGUUCGGGUGCCCGCUCAGGUCGACAGCUGGCCCAAGUGCAGCAGGAAAAGAGCGACGAGAGGUUCAAGCAAUUGCUCAGCGCCCAGGACAACAUCCUAAAGGAGUCGGCUAAGAUCGGAGUUCCUGGCGCAGGCCAGACGUACUUCGUUUACUCGGAUCCCGUCGAGACGCUGACCUCCUCGGCCCCCAGGACGCAGGAGCAGGCGCAAGGACGGGUGCAAGAACAGGAUGCCCUUGGAAUUGUCCCCAGGGAAUCCCGAAGAGGUGGCCGUGCCUACAAUAUUCGUCAGCACGUAAACGAGGUCUGAGGAAUGUGUAAGGAUGUGUACAGUCAGCUGAGAUACGUGCAUGUCGCACGAGGUCCAGGUCCUAAGGACGUAUAGUGCACUUUGCGCAAACACACAAGAUAUCUUUGACAAUUAUUUUUCCCCUUUCUUUUAUCUCUGCUUUCCUCCAAAUGAUAUCACGUCUUAUACAUGUGCUUUUUAAUAAUUAUUUAUUGUACCUUUUCUCUUGUUUUUUAAAUAUUUCUUUCCCUUCGAAUCCCUGAAUUCAAUAUUUUUAAGUGUAUUCUCGAUAUCAUUCCAGUUGCACGUUUUCACAAGUGCAUCGGGUGCAUCGGGUGCAUCUCAACAGUGUAACGAGUAGUAUUUGUUCUUUACUUUAUUAUCGCCUUUACAUUCACGGGGAAAGUACCACGAAAAUAUUUCAUCGUCUCGUAAUAAAGUGUGUACAUUUCAAUAUAUA